AUGGCAAACCACUCCCAACUAGGAUUCCAAGACGCCUCAUCCCCCAUUAUAGAAGAACUUGUCGAAUUCCACGACCAUGCCCUAAUAGUAGCACUAGCAAUCUGCAGCCUAGUACUGUACCUUCUAACCCUAAUACUACUCGAAAAACUAUCAUCAAAUACCGUAGACGCCCAAGAAGUCGAACUAAUUUGAACAAUUCUCCCCGCCAUCGUCCUAAUCCUGCUUGCCCUCCCUUCCCUCCAAAUUUUAUAUAUAAUAGACGAAAUUGAUGAGCCCGACCUUACCCUAAAAGCCAUCGGACACCAAUGAUAUUGAUCCUACGAGUAUACAGACUUCAAAGAUCUCUCAUUUGACUCCUACAUGGUCCCAACAACUGACCUCCCCAAAGGCCACUUCCGACUUCUAGAGGUCGAUCAUCGAAUUGUGAUCCCCAUAGAAUCUCCCAUCCGAAUAAUCAUCACCGCCGACGAUGUCCUCCAUUCUUGAGCCGUCCCCACCCUGGGAGUUAAAACAGACGCAAUCCCAGGACGACUUAACCAAACCUCCUUCAUUACCACCCGCCCAGGAGUGUUCUACGGGCAGUGCUCAGAAAUCUGUGGGGCUAACCAUAGCUACAUACCAAUCGUAGUAGAAUCAACCCCUCUAAAACACUUCGAAGCUUGAUCUUCACUGCUAUCAUCUUAA